GUUCACAGUUUCUCCUAGCAUGACCCUGAUCUGAUCAGUGACCACAAGAAUUGGCUUCUGUGUUUGGCAUUGUAGUACUGGGGCCUGAUCACCACCUACCGCUGCAGAGCUGUCAUGGCUGCUGCCUCUACUUCCACCCCUCUGAUUUCACAGCCCCAGUUCACAGCCAUGAAUCAACCACAGUGCUUCUACAAUGAGUCUAUCGCCUUCUUCUAUAACCGGAGUGGAAAGUAUCUUGCCACAGAAUGGAACACGGUCAGCAAGCUGGUGAUGGGACUUGGGAUCACAGUUUGUAUCUUCAUCAUGUUGGCCAACCUACUGGUCAUGGUGGCAAUAUACGUCAACCGUCGCUUCCAUUUUCCUAUUUAUUACUUAAUGGCCAAUUUGGCUGCUGCAGACUUCUUUGCUGGGUUGGCCUACUUCUAUCUAAUGUUCAACACAGGCCCCAAUACUCGGAGACUGACCGUUAGCACAUGGCUCCUCCGUCAGGGCCUCAUUGACACCAGCCUGACAGCAUCUGUAGCCAACUUACUGGCUAUUGCAAUCGAGAGGCACAUUACGGUUUUCCGCAUGCAGCUCCAUACACGGAUGAGCAAUCGGCGGGUGGUGGUGGUCAUUGUGGUCAUCUGGACUAUGGCCAUUGUUAUGGGUGCUAUACCCAGUGUGGGCUGGAACUGCAUCUGUGAUAUUGAUAAUUGUUCCAACAUGGCACCCCUCUACAGUGACUCUUACUUAGUCUUCUGGGCCAUUUUCAAUUUGGUGACCUUUGUAGUAAUGGUGGUUCUCUAUGCUCACAUCUUUGGCUACGUUCGCCAGAGGACUAUGAGAAUGUCUCGGCACAGUUCUGGACCCCGUCGGAAUCGGGACACUAUGAUGAGUCUUCUGAAGACUGUGGUCAUUGUGCUCGGUGCCUUCAUCAUCUGCUGGACUCCGGGAUUGGUCUUAUUACUGCUAGAUGUGUGUUGUCCACAGUGCGACGUUCUGGCUUAUGAGAAAUUUUUCCUCCUCCUUGCUGAAUUCAACUCUGCCAUGAACCCCAUUAUCUACUCCUACCGGGACAAGGAGAUGAGUGCCACCUUCAGACAGAUCCUCUGUUGUCAGCGCAACGAGAACACCAACGGCCCCACGGAAGGCUCAGACCGCUCGGCUUCCUCCCUCAACCACACCAUCUUGGCUGGAGUUCACAGCAAUGACCACUCUGUGGUUUAGAAAGGAAACUAAGAUGCAAAGCCAGCUUUCCUCUAUGGAGAGAUGAACGGCCUCCCCACACCUGAUUGCCAGGCAGGGUGGGGAAUGAGAGAGGAGGGAAAGAAACUCUGGUACUUAAACACUAACCAAUGGCAGUAUUUGUUCCUAGACCCCACGAGACUUGAUGUAUAUUGAAUAUUAGUUUAUGUGACAACCCUCAUCCUGACCCCAUUCCUUUUGAAGGUAGAAAGUAGAGUUCCUGCAAUGGAAUUGAGAAAUGGACUCUGGAGUGUCCAUUCAGACGACACUAACUAGACUUGAAAAGAUUCUGUGUGGUUUGGUGCAAGUCAGAAUAAAUUCUGACAAAUUGAGUCCACAACUUCAUUUACAUGCAGCCUUCCCUUUUUUAUUUUUCAAGAUGCAUUUCAUUUAAUAAACACAUUUAUGUCUUUUCAGCA